UAUGAGGGUAAGGGGCAAGGCAAAAUAUUCUGACACUAGUCUUUCCAGACAGCUGCAAAACUAGUGGAUUUCUAACAGCACACAAAACAGCACCAAAAAUACACCAAUAUGUUCCUGAGACAUGGGUGCCUAGUUCUGUCAGUUGCCUGCCUCACUCUGGCCGAUGACAGGUUUGGCUAUCAUCAUCCACGUGGUGGCAUUGUGCAGUGCCUGCCAAAUAUGUGUGAUGAGCCCUGCCCCACUCUACCAUCCUACUGUCCCUCAGGAGUCAUCAAGAACUGUGGCUGUUGUGAUGUAUGCUGGAUAUACUUGAAGGAGGGAGAAAUCUGCCGCAAAUUCAUUCCUGAAAACACAAUGUGUAGUCCAGGCUUGGUGUGUGGUUCUAGAGGAGUGUGUGUGCCGAUGGCUGAUCAAAAUGUGGAAGAUGGUGAAGAUAGCUCAGACAGCACAGACAGCUCUGAGUAAGACUGUGCACACAAGAAAAGUAAUGCUGUACUUGCACUCAACUCCUAUAAGAAUUAAUGCAUUUGAGGAAGAUGAAACUCAUUGUAAUCCUGAAAAUAAACAAUUAGAAGUACUGCACAUUGCUUUUGUUCUUUUGC